AUGGCCGGCUUUACCAUCCAACGUUCACCUACUGGACCUCUCACUCCUCGUCCCCGCACUGACAUCGAGCUUGCGAAGGAUGUAUGGAAAUACUUAAGUCAAAAAGUCGAGAACAGCCGUCAAAAACGAUCUUCCAAGUCCGAAUCAAGCACCAAGAGCUACGAUACCGACUCCGAGUCAACAAUCAGCAACACCGAUACACUUGUUAGAGAGAAAUCAGAUAUGACGAAGGGGAAGAACUGA